AGUGCGUUCCUCCUCAGCACUGCGCACGCGCAUGGAAUGAGCGCAGAGGGGACAGUCACGCCUCCUUCCCUGUCUGCGCCUGCGCAGCGACGACCCAGCGGCCAGAGGGGAGCGGUGAGCGCCAGGCCGCGCGCGGUGCAUGGCGGGAGAGGGGCGGCAAGGGCCCGGCUCUCGCGGGGCAUUGUGGGUGACGCGGGGUCCCGGGGGGCGGGGCCAGCGCCCCUCUUCCCUUCCGGUGGACUCGCUGCAGCUCGGAUCCCCUUCCAGGCCGGGCCCUGAGCGCAGCCAGGAGGCGGACAUGGCGGAGGCAGCCCAGCAACAAGCCGAGGCCACGGCGGCGGCGGCGGCGGCGGCGGGGGGGAGCUCGGAGGACUUAGGGCCGCCGGCGGCUCCGGUAGCGGAGGAAGAUCCGGCGGCGGCGGCGUCGCAGGUCCCGAUCGGUGAGCGUUUUGGGCGGGGGCGCUUUCCGAGGGACCCUCCCCUCCGUCCGCUUCCGGGCCCCGCAGCCUCAGCCCCUCCGGGACAGUCCUUCCAGCCCCGGGUCCCUUUUGCAGGUGCCGCGCGGGAGGAGGAGGACGAGGAGGAGGACGAGGAGAACGUCGUCUCUGAGGCCACCUCCGUCUCUUCGGGGGACAGCGCGCCCCCGACCCCCUCCGCCAACGGCUAUCCAGGGCCCCGCAGUGGCAAAGAGCCGCGGGGGACACUUGGGGAGCUGGUGGAGGCCGGCGGAGGCGGCAGAGAGGCCGGCCACGACCGGCUGAGCGCCACACAGGCCCCCAGCCCCGAGUGGCACGAGUGCCCUGAGUGUGGGCGCGGGUUUGGCACGUCACGGGCUCUGAAGGUGCACCGGAGUUACCACGUGGGACGCAAGCGGCCACACAGCGGCUCCUCGGCCAUCAAGCCUCCUGCCCUGCUGCCCCCGCUGGUCCUGUCAGGCAACCCUCCAGAGAGCCAGGAUGGGCGGACGGCUCCCAGCGGACGGGGCAGAGCCUUCCACUACAUCUGCGCCGAGUGCGGCCUAGGCUUUGCGUCCCCAGCCACCCUGGAGGGCCAUCGCUGCGAACACGGCUGGCGGCGGAGCCCCCCGGCCUCUCUGCCCCCCCGCUAUAAGCGGCCCCCUUCGCCUGCUGCCGCAGAGGCCAACGGAGAGCAGGACGCCGACGGGGCGGACGGACCGUACCACUGCACCGAGUGCUCUGGGAAGUUUGGGUUGGUGUCGGAGCUCCACCAGCACUACAUCCUGCAUGCGCGCGGGGAACUCUAGGUGUCUUGCUGCCGCCAGCCGGCUUUGGCCUGUGGGGCUCCCUGCCCAGGAGAAGGGACAUAGCCUCCGUUGUCUUUGUGCGCUCUUUCUCCUCCUCCUCAUUGUCUCCUUCUGUUUCCUUCUAUAUUUCUAACCUGAAUUUAAGUGGAGGCGGAAGAGGGGGAGAGACAGAGAGCAGCUCCCCUUCUUUGUGCCCUGAGAACCCCCUCCUCACUCCCUGCGGAGAGUGAGCCCCUUGGAGCCCUGUCCCACCCGCAGGGGCUGCCUUACCACUGCAGGCGUGGGGGCUGGGUGCUCUGGAUUGAGCCACACAGACCUUCUCCUCCGUGGCUCCAAGGCAGAUCUCUCCCCUUCACCAAGAGGCCCAGCAUUGGCCUUCUCGCACGGCAGGUCAUUCCAAGUGGCCCUGAGGCUUCCAGAUUGGAGGCAGGGUAGGAUUGGGAUCAGGUAUGGCUAGACCAAGCAUGGGCAACUGUGGCCCUCUGAAAGUUCUUGGACUGCACCUCCCAGCAUGCCUUAACAUGGGAGCUGCAGUCCAAGCGCGUUGCGAGAGCCCCUCCCGCUCGCCUUGGGCGUCUGUCUCCCUUCUUGGCGAAGGGGUGCCUGCUGCCAUCGCCCUCCCUGGCCUGUGCUGAACUGAAGCUGUGUUGUGCGCGCGUUUGUGGCUUUCAGGAGAGCAACUUUAGAGGUGGCACUCAAUCAGCAUAAACCCUGAGUCGCUGGGAGCCUCCUUUAAUAAACCCUUCUCUGUGCGUGA